AUGUCUCCCCAGGCAGCAUCAUCUGUGCAAAUGGGAAGUCAUCGAACAUCGCGACCAGUACCGGAUCCUGCACCGCAUGGCCGAGCUCCAGAUAGGAUGGGGCAUACGCUCCCUGGAAUGGUUGAGAGGACCCAACCGACACGUGCUCGGUUGAAGCGAAGUUUCGGUCAUCAGAGAAGGCAGUGGCUUCGGCAAGGCGCGCUUGUCACACCGAGGGGACAAGCUCCUCUAGCUGGAAUAUCUCGCACUGGUUGGAAGGCGCCAAUGCAGAGGGUGGCAAAUACUUCCGCUUUUCGCGCCUUACCUCACGAGCUGUAUCUCGCUUCCAUAUCUUCUUCGCGAUUGGCUGAGCUAGAUACGGAUCAGCCCCAUUGUUCGAUCCUCGUGCCUUCCCGAGCGGCAAGAAGGGGCCUUGAUGCAAUGUCUGGCGGCAUUGACGUUUAUAUUCUACAGACCUCGUUUUCAAUCGCUUUGUUCAUGGACAGCAAUACUUUCGGCAGCACUCAGCCCGGCACUGACUCUUUGCAUUCAUCACAGCCAUGGUGCCCAUUGCACUAUGCAGGCACAGCGAUGCAAAAAAAUGUUCACCUAGCUUUGAGUCACCUUACAUACGGCACGGUGAUUGCGGAGAGCAGAUGCAUUCCAAAGGAUCGACUGAAACGUGUAAGUUUAGUUCAGAAAAAGAAGUCAUCAUAUCUCUUGCUCCCUGACACGCUUCCGUCCGCCAUCCUCGCGCGUGGGGAUCGAUCUGGACGAUAA